AAGAUCGCAGCAGACAUUCCUGGUCACCUUUCCAUGAGGUGAGCCUCUCACACCUGACUGACAGGACUUACUCGGCCUCAGUCACUGAACUUGGCCCCCAGAGAAAUCGUUCCCAGGUGAGAAUGGGAGCAUCAAGUGUCCGCCUUCAUCGACGUCACCCUGAGGAUUUGAACUCUAGUCAAGUCACUUCUUCUCAAGAGGAUGUGUUUCGUGAACGAAGUAACUCGGUACCUGUUCACUGCGGUAAUAUUAUGACUGACCGCCAAAUGGCAUCUGUACAUGCUAGGUGGAUUCGUGAUAACAAUAAUAUAAAUGAGUGCUAUGCUCAUUCCGCACCCAACAGCCCUCAGAAAUUCAGCGACUUUUCCAGACAUGACAUACCUGCUGGUCAGGUAGCAAGCAGAGUCCGGGCUUUCUCGGAUCUUCAGAAUUCCUCCAGUACCUACUUGGACCCACCUGUCCAUGGUCAGAGUGAGAGGCUGGCCUAUCAACACCCUGACCAGGUUAAUACCAGGUACCUCCUCAGGUCACCACGCAAUGGGAAUUUACUGGGCUCCAGUCGGCAGAUGCCCACUAUAGAGGAGCACAGUCACCCUCGGGCAAGGAGUCAUAGCGUGUCUUGUCUGCACCCAGCUCAAUACCCCCCAUUGCACCAGCCUGGGGCCUACCACAGGCCUCUCCCACCGAGGCAUGUAAUAAGAGAUGCAGAAAUGAUUCGUAACUUGCGUGGGAUGGAGGUGUCUGCAGUGGGAGACAUGUGCCCAGUCUGUCAUAAGCCAUUUGACAAAGGCAAGAAGCGACGAUUGAUAGAUACGUGUGGUCAUGAGAGAUGUUACACCUGUAUGUUUAGCUCAGACCAGUGUCCACUCUGUGAAGACCAAGUGUAUUCAGUUGAAAGUCAAAAUGGAAAUCAUCUGAGACAAAGUAGUGACUCCAUCGUUCUUUCGUCGUACCGACCAAAGCUGAAAACGAAUGGUCACUUCACAACGUACAUGCAGACACGGCAAGACCUCCCCGUGAGCCCCCCACCCAGCCCUCAGUACAGUCUGGCGGCACCACUCACCCCACAGUCUAAACGGAAACCAUCAUUCUUACCUGUCAAAGGACCAUCCCCUUUCACCCCUCCACCUGUGCCUAGGAAACCCACAGUUGGCCUCGGAAAGUUUGCCCCAUUAUUACAGUCUCCAGACGCACCGCCUGUACCUCCACCGCCAAAGAACUAUGGUCUGACGGAUCAGAAUGAGGGCUAUCACUACAGCAGCGACAGUGCCCUAGGCUCUCCAGACAUCAGCAGUAUUUCUGUGUCUGCUAUCACAGACCUGGAUGAAAUUCCGGAGUCCGAGAGAGACAACACCAUGGCAGAAGUCAACGGAAACAUGGACAGAAAAGGCUGUGGUAUGGAGAGCCCUCCCCCACCACCACCUGAGAUAGCGCAGAAUGACCUUAUGGUCAGAUUAGGACUUCUACUGGGGGACCGGUCAAAUGAGCGACUGUCCAGCCCCAUAUUGGGCAGUCCACAGCAUCGUAGGUUCCACCGCAUGGAAGAGUUUACCAGUGUGUCCUCGCUGGCCAGCAGUGAAAUGACCCAUGACCGGGGAAUCUCUGACACUAGUCCCAUGUCCACACUGACAGUGUCUUCUGGCAGUGAGAGAGGCCUGUCCAGUCUGAGGAUGACAUACAACCCCAUGUUCCGACCAUCAAGUCGUGACCCCAGUUCGGACAGUAUGACGUCACUGAUGAGCUCCAGCACGGGCAACAGUGUUAGUCCACAAUCUACCACCCAGAGGCCCCACUCCAUCACCACCACAGCACCUGGCCCCAUUGAAGAACUCAAUCUGUUCGGUGGAAAGCGCCAUUCUGCUCUGCGAAGGUCAGCCAGAGGUCAUAUGGGACAUUACUCAGAAGGUAAAGUUUCAGCUCGAAUGAGGUUUCUUAAGUCGGCCUCCUCAACACUACCAGUGAAGUUUCCGGUGAUCAGACCUCCUCAGCUUCAAAUCCAGCCCAUGACUUUUGAGGUACCACACACUGAAGACAGACCCCUUUUUAUUGGUCGAGAGUGGGUUUUCAAGGAGAUUGAAAUGGGGUUGAGCAGUGAGGGUGGGGCAUCCCCACGGGGUGUAGUUCUGGCUGGAGGAGUAGGCUUCGGGAAGACGGCUAUUAUUGAACAGCUCAUUCAGAUGAGCUGCUUUGCCACAGGAAAAAGUGGGCUGCUUCAGAAUGGAGAUUUACAUUUGACUGACUAUGGUGGUAGGAUGAACGGCAGCCACUCCAGCCCCUGUGGAACACUGAGCAGCCAGUCAAGUGGGGGCUCUGGUGGGAACAGAUCGGGCUACCUCAGCGCCUCCACCAUGAGUUUGCAAAAUCUCACCUAUGACUCGUUAAAAAACCUGGGCUCGCAGGUGGUGGGUUAUCACAUAUGCCAGGCAGACAAUAAUUUGACGUGCAUGGUGCCUGAGUUUGUGCAGAGUUUGGCAGCGUACCUGGCUCAGUCACCUCAGCUGGCUGCAUACAAGGAGCUGCUGUUACAUGAACCCCAGAUACAGAAUGUGUUAAAGUUACAAGAGUGCUUACAGAAUCCUUCCAACUCCUUCAUCAAAGGAGUCCUUGAACCUCUAAUCAGCCUGAAAAAAGCAGGCAAGAUCUAUUCAGAAAGCUGCAUCAUUUUAAUUGACUCGUUAAAUGAGGCAGAGUUUCACAAACCGGAUUACGGUGAUACAAUCGCUUCUUUCCUGGCUUGGCACAUCAGCAAGUUCCCAGCCUGGCUAAAGGUCGUUGUCACAGUGAGGACUGUUCUACAGGACAUAGUCAAACCCCUUCCUUUCUAUCGGAUCAGUUUAGAUAAAGUUGUGUCAAGUGACUACAUCAUGAGAGAUCUACAGGAAUAUGUGCUUCAUAGAAUCAACACGAGUGCUACCAUCAAGAGCAACAUUGCUCUGAAUGGCAAACUGGAAAGCAGUACUCAGAUGAAAUUCUGCUCUCACCUUCAGGCCUUGAGUAAAGGCUGCUUCCUCUACUGCAAACUUGCCUUAGAUCUGAUAGAGAAAGGACACCUUGUGCUUAAGAGUACAAACUACAAAAUAGUGCCAGUCAAUGUGUCUGAAGUCUUUCUCUUACACUUCAAUCUUAAGUUCCCAAGUGUACGAUCCUUUGAGAAAGUUUGUCCGAUCCUGACAGUUUGCCUUGCGUCCUUGUACCCGCUUAAGGAGGAGGAAAUCUAUGAGGCAGUGAAUUCUGGGAAGACACAGCGUUAUGUAACAUGGGACGAUUUCAAAGAGAGAAUGGGAAUAUUAUCUGGAUUUUUAUUACGUAGAAAAGACAACACAUUCAUGUUUUUUCACCCAGCGUUCAGGGAAUGGCUUGUGCGGCGAGAAGAAUCAGAAAAUCCAAAGUUCCUCUGUGAUCUGAGAAGUGGUCAUGCGCUAAUGGCAUUCCGUCUGACGCGGGCCUGUGCCCCUCUCAACCCAGAGAAAACAAUAGAGUUGGGCCAUCACAUCCUGAAGGCACACAUCUACAAGAGUGUCAGUAAACAGCUGGGCUACUCCUCUCGGGACAUGCAAGCCUACUGGAUGUGUCUGUCUGCUCUUAACCUCAGCCAGUCGCUGGCCACGCACCGCAAUCUCUACUCUCCAAACGUUAAGGUAAGCCGCUUGAUACUGCUGUCAGGUGGUAACCCUAACACGCGGACUGAUGUUCUCAAUCAUGCCCCACUCCUGUGUGUGGCAGCGCGAGAAGGCUUUGCAGACAUGGUGGCGCUCUUACUGGAGUUUGGGAGUCGUGUGGACAACUCCUCAGAGGAUGGCAUGUCCGCACUGUGUCAUGCGGCAGUUAAUGGACACUCCGAGAUUAUACGCCUUCUCUGUCUGAAACAAGCAAAGUUGUGUCACCGUGACAACACAGGUCAGUGUGCCCUGGUCCACGCGGCUCAGCAUGGUCACCUGGAUGUCCUGGCCUUCCUGCUGCAGUGUGAUUGGGAGACACAUGAGGACCAGCUCGGGAGGACGGAAGCCAUGCAACAAGCUCUGGUCGCAGCGGCAGCCAUGGGACAUAAAAACAUCUGUGAAUACAUGCUACAAUCUAACAAAGGUGGAGGAGAAGACUAUGGGAUUAACAGCAUCGACACACUCCAGGGAGAAACAGUGCUGACAGCAGCCUGCCUGAACAGUAGGAAGGACAUAGUGCGGUUCUUUAUCUCCCAGGGUGUGGAUACCCAGCUGGCUAACAGUAACACCUUCUCCCCACUCAUGUGUGCCGUCAAGGCGGGCAAGUGGGAGAUCGCAGACCUGUUACUGAUGACCGGGGCAUCCAUAGAGCAGACAGACAAGCAUGGGCGCACACCUCUGAUGAUCGCUGCAAGUGAAGGCCACAUUGGAGUGCUAGAAAUGCUUCUUUCUAAAGGGGCCUCUCUGACUGUGACAGACAAGGAGGGUUUGACUGCCCUGUGCUGGGGCUGCCUGAAGGGUCACCUACAUGUUGUUCAGUCUCUGCUGGAGCGAGGCUCAGAUCUUCAUCACACAGACAAGUCAGGACGCCAGCCGCUAGAUUUGGCUGCGUUCUUUGGAGAUCCACAGGUGGUGCAGUACUUGCUGGAGAAGGGAGCUAACCUUGAACAUGUGGAUUACAAUGGGAUGAGGCCUCUGGAUAGAGCCAUUGGCAGCAGGAAUACUGCUGUCAUCAUCUGUUUCCUCAAGAAAGGGGCCAAACUAGGUCCUGCCACAUGGGCUAUGGCAGAAGGCAAACAAGAUGUCAUGUUGUUACUGUUAAACAAGCUGAUGGAGGAUGGCAAUAUACUCUACAAGAAAAAUCGCAUCAAAGAAGCCAGCCAGAGAUACCAAUACGCCCUCAAGAAAUUCCCGAAGGACAUUCUGGGGGAAGAAAUGAAAACUUUCCGUGAUCUCAAGCUUAGCCUGUGUUUAAAUUUGUCACGCUGUCGCAGAAAACUGGCGGAUUACACUGGUGCUAUAGAGCUGGCAACACGAGCCUUAGAAAUGAAACCUAAGUCAUUUGAGGGAUAUUACGCCAGGGCAAGAGCCAAAAGAGAUGAUGGUCAAUACGCCUCAGCACUACAGGAUCUUGUGGAGGCGCUCAAACUGGCCCCUAACAAUCGCGAACUCCGACGCCUCCUAAUGCGGGUCAAGGACGAGUGCAAGGAACAGGCCCGACUGCAAAGCGGAUCAACAGCGCAAACUCUGAGUGACAUGGAGCGCAUCCUUGAGGAUGAAGAUGGAUUAGACGUACGCCAAGAGCGACGUCGUGAGGAAACUGCCUUAUGACAUAAUACUGUAGACUUCUAUUUAAAUGUCUGAGAGCGUUUGGAACAACACAUCCCAAAACCACUCCCAUUGGCUACAACCUCCCUCAAGCUACAGUAUUCACUCUACUAACUGUGUAGUGAUAGUACAAUGAAGUAUCAGUCUGCUACAAUCUGUCCUCCUGCAGCCAUGGAGUACACAUUGACAUUGGUCAUACAACUUGGUGCAAAGUAAUCUCUGGUACAUGUCCAUGUGUGUACCUGUUGCUAACUCCAAUAAUAAUUGAAAAUGUGAUCAAUAUUCUACAGUGCAAAUACAAGUUCACAAGUAAUAUGAAGACCCAGUUGUUUUAUAUAUGUACCAGAAUUACGGUGUAUAAAUACUUGAGAUAUGGAACAUAGGGAUCUGUAUAUGGAACAUUCUAAGCAGUACUGCACAUGCCAAGCACAGCAUUGAUACAGUGUGGAACUUACUGAUUUGCAUUCUUGUAAUUACUUGACCCAAUCAAUACUGUAUAAUACACUAUACUUGUACAGGUAAGAAGCCAUUGUGUAAUUGGAAUAUUCUUGAGUACAGGUAAAACACCAAUGAAACACUUGUACAUAAAUACAGUUAAGAAGCUGUAGUCAUGGGAGACUAGCAGGGGAGACAGCAGACUGCUAACUUAUUACAAUUGCUGGACAUGAACAUGUGCCAUAUCUAGUUGUGUUGCCAUAUACAAGCCUGCUUUAUGCCAUCUCAAUUCUGCUGUAACAUGAAGACAUCUUUGUACAGUCAGACCUGUUAUCGUACCAGACUGUGAUAGCUACCUUCCUAAUUAUGCAAAUCAUAUACACUGAUGAGUACUGGAUAUUGUGAUGUCUGACGGCUUGAUACCUUGGAUUAUUCAUGUAAUUAUAAAUAUGCAAGUACAUGUAUAUAGUCACCCCAGCAUGUUGCUAGCAGUACCAUCUCCAAUCAUUAAUGUGUGUUUGUUGUGGUGCCAUUAUAUACCUGUAGUAUACUGAUACAUGGGUUUUGAAAAUUUCGGGUAAAUCGUAGAAAUUGCUGCAAAAACAUUCUCAUGAACCAUGCCUUCUUUCAGUCAAAAACUUCUACAUGCUAUCUCUUCAUGGAUUGUUUUAUAUUUUCAUGACUGAUUUUAUCCAGAGCUUGCUUCAUAUAUUAUUCAGCUACAACUGUUUUAAUUCUUUUAAAUGUGUUGGUAAUUCGCUUUCUCUGUUAAACUGUGGAAGACAGUUGCAGUUGGAAAAUAGUUUUUAUUUCAAAAUUUUAAGGAUUUGAUAAUGAUUUUUAUCACCUGGAUGUUUACUCUGAAUAUUUUAUAUUAUGUAUGUACAUGCAUACACCACCUCAACACACCACCCCACCUGAUGCGCAGGGCAGUUAAACAAAAGCCCCACUAGGAUCUUUACAUUCAUUUCGGACAGAUAGUAAGGGCACCAGUGAGAGAUUGCCUUGUAAUUAGCUGCUAUAGUAGGUUAUGAUUGACAGUAAUGUUAGAUCAGGUGCACUGUUAAUUGUAAGCAGAUCUGUUUGUCAGUUUCUUCACAGUAAUGUAAUACUGACCUUCCUAUACCUGUAAUUAGCAUUUUUACUUCGUCUAGUCACUGAAACAGAGAUAGUCACUGCCAUUUUUUUGCCCAACAUUGUUUUAUGCCGGGCUUACCAUUCUGUUGCCAGCAAAUAAUUUAACUAUAUAUGUAUUUAUAUUCACUUUUAACAGUCACUUGGAUCUUUUUAGUACACACCUGUAUUUGGUUGUUAAUUUCACCUGCUUGUUGUCCUCCUGAAUUCUGUCCGUCUAGCAAGGGUAGUGAAGCCUCAGAUCCUGUGAUUAGUGCUCAAUAGAAGUCUACACUAAUUAAUCUGUAUAUGUUAUUAGUACAUAGUGUAUAUAUGUAAGUUAAGUCUUUCCCCACGCUUGUUGGUGUAUAGGUUCCCCCCCACCUUGCCUCCACAGGUGAGAUCUGUCUUUGAUCUCCGUAACCUGUUUAUUACCUGUAUGCACUUCGCUUGUUAUGCAUGCAUUGUUUUUUUUAAGGUUGAUGUUCUUUCACUAAACUGUAAUAUUUUCUGUUCUCUUUUAUGUUAUGAAUAAUGGAUAGCAGCGAAGCUUGUUCCCAUCUAUUAUAUUAUGACAUUAGUCAUGUGGAGUGAAUACUUCAGCAAUAUCCAGUGGUCAUGUGUUGAUAUUUAAGGAAAAGACUUGUUCCAAACAAGAUUCAGUCAUCACUGAAAGUGUUAACUAUUUUUGACAGAUUUUUUCUGUGUCUUUAGUGGAUUCUGAGGUCUGCUGUUA